AUGGCUGUCGAUGGGACUGGAGGACAUGCUCCGAGGCUGCUGAAAAUGGCCAUUUGGAAUGUCUCAAAUAUGCCCAUGAAAAUGGCUUUCCAUGGCAUGAAGACACAUGCUGCUUUGCUGCUCGCAAUGGCCAUUUGGAGUGCCUCAAAUAUGCCCAUGAAAAUGGCUGUCCCUGGGAUAAACACCACAUGCCGAUUUGCUGCUGACAAUGGCCAUUUGGAAUGCCUCAAAUAUGCCCAUGAAAAGGUUGUCCCUGGACUGAUAUGA